GUAAGCGAGGCUUCCGUUCCAAGCCACUUGCUGUGGCUUCUGACCAAUGUCUAACCCCCCCCCCCCCCCCAACUACUCACUGUCCAUUCGCCAGGUUCUCUCAGCUCGAUGCCUGAAAGCGCGUCCACACAUGUAUAAUAGGUAGUAAAUGGCACCCCUUAAGGAUAACCUCAAUUAUAUAUAUUCUCAAAAAGAGUGAUCCAUCGCUAGGUGGCAGAGCGGCAUUUCAAAAUGGUAGGGUCACAAUAGGCAGAUGUCCUCGUCGAGAUCGUCGCGCUUCUUGCGGCUGCUCCCGGCCUCGUUCCGGUCCCGCAGCCGAGCCUCAUCGGCAGAUUCUCCACCAUCCGGCACAUCCACUCCGCAGGCCAGGACACCCUCCGCACCUAUCGCAGUCUUCGAACCCUCUCCCCAGGGUCUGAAGGUCGUCGCGGAGGGCGACGACCCUAUAGUUGACAUCGUCGCUGUGCAUGGCCUUAAUGGCCACCGCGACCAGGCUUGGACCGCAAGCAAUGACGUCCACUGGCUCCGCGAUCUGCUGCCGCACGAUAUUCCUCACGCGCGCGUCUUCUGCUGGGGCUACGACGCCAACACCCACGCCGGCUCCCGCGUCAGCUGUCAAUACCUCUUCAGCCAUGCGCAGACUCUCGUAUCCGACCUGUGUAGGAAGCGGAAGCUAACCAACUCGACAGAGCGUCCGAUUAUAUUUGUAGCGCACAGUUUGGGUGGCAUCGUCGUCAAGAGCGCCCUUAUCCAUUCCGAUGCCGCGCGCCCAGGCGCGCUGGAGGAACACCAUUCCAUCAAAGUAUCCACCUACGGAAUUGUCUUCAUGGGCACACCCCAUCAGGGCGCCAACGGCGUCCAGCUUGGAAGGCUCCUCAUGAAUGUUGCCUCCUUGCUCGUGGCCACGGAUGACCGGAUACUGAAGCACCUUAAAAGAGACUCAGAGUGGCUUCAACAGCAGCUUAGCCAAUAUGCCCCAAUUAGCGGAGAUUUUGUCACCAAGUUUGGGUUCGAAGAGUACGAGACUCCCACCGCUUUUGGCCGCUCCAUCAUGGUGGUGCCUCGCCAGUCCGCCGUUGUGCCGGGCCAAGCAAACGCAGAGCCGAUUGCCAUCCACGCGGACCAUACCAACAUGGUUAGAUACACCUCAAAACAAGACGUCGGGUAUGAUACUAUAUCAGGACAUCUCCAGAUCAUGGCAAGCGAUGCCCCGGAGCAGAUCCGGCUUCGCUGGGAGGCAAAGAGGAGGGCUAAUAAGGAGCGCCUCGAUGGUUCCGAUGCUACAUUUGCCGUCGGCUUCAGUCUCGCGGCGGUCAUCCACGGUCAAAAUCGGCCAUCGCAUCCAGCUUAGGAAAAUAGAAGACAUGAAAGACAGCCUCGAGAUCCUGUCUCACGCAUCGAACCGACAAGGCUUACAGGAAGGCAAGUGAUAAGACUGAGUAGAGAUGAACAAGACUAAUGUGGUCUAUA